AUGUCCUUGCCCAGAGUCCUUGUAGUUGGCGCCAGCGGUGCUGUUGGGCGCGAACUCCUGCAGCAACUGCUCGCCCUUCCUUCUCCGCCUCAAAUUCGCGUCUCGACUCGCAAUACAGCAGCAGCAAAGGGAGAUCUGUCCGAUAUCUCCUCGUAUCAUCGACUUUUCGCCGGUGUCGAUCGCGCGUUCCUGUACUCGACACCCGAAGCCCCUCUCGGGCAGCUUUUUACUGCAGCAAAGGACGAGGGGGUUCAGCAUGUGACGCUUCUGUCGUCUUUGUCGGUUGAAGAUGACCCGGAUGGAAUGAUAGGCACCGCCCAGCGGAAAGUGGAGAAUGCUAUCGUCAAUGCUGACCUUCUCUACACCUUCAUUCGCGCGGGCAAUUUCUGUUCAAAUACUUCUCUUUUUUGGCUCCCCCAGAUUGAAAAUGUGGGGAGGCUUUGGAUGGCAUACCCUGAUGCGCAGAGCGCUCCCGUAUCUGAAUCAGACAUAGCGUCCGUUGCUGUCAUCGCCCUCACUACCGACCAACUCGUCAAUCAAGCCAUCCCUGUAACAGGGCCCGGCUGGAUCAGCCACCGUGAGCAAAUGCGAACGAUCAAUCGCGCUCGCCAGAUGGACGGAAAGCAGCCAAUAGAGUUUCUUAUAGUUAGCCCGGAAGAUUGGAAGUCGAGAACUUCGGACUUCAUUCCCGAAGAUUUGCAGAAUCAGCUGCUGAGGUUCUGGGCGUUGGGCGAGCAAAAGAAGUUGGCGUUCCAGCCUUCCGAAAGCGUAACAGGAAAGCCAUCGCAGUGUUUUGAAGACUGGCUGGCAUAUAACAAGGCAGCAUUCUUGAGAUGCUAA